GUAAACACAAUUUCAGAUUCGGGACUUCUGCCAAAGCAGUAACGUUUUUAAUUUUCUUGAUAAACAAUCGAACGCAAUACCUUACUAUCUGUCUGUGCGCUUAUUUGAGAACAUCUAGCUGCUAGAGCUUAAUUUUCUCCGAAGGAUAAACGCAGAUGAGGAUACUAAAUGACAAAGAAGAAUAGAAAUCAGUAUCAAGAUACACUCUGACUAUAAUAUAUUUAUGUACUUGGAUUCUAUAAGCAUACAGGUCUGUGCUAAAAUGUAACCACUGGGAAUUGAAGAUGUCUCAUACUUAUCAUCCUCAACAUGCCCGUAGUCUUUUACUACGAUUGAGAACAUUUUGGGAAUCACAUGAUUUCACUGAUGUUACAUUGGAUAUCUGCGGACGGAUCGUAAAUGGUCACAAGGAUAUCAUAUCAGCGGGUAGUCCGCUUAUUCGACAGCAUCUGCAAACGGCCGAAGUUGAGAGAAAUAGUAGCCUACAUUUAGGCGAGACUGAGGAACUGGAUAGAAACUCCUGGCAGACAGGGAAAUUUAAAGUCCAAUUUGGAGAUUUGAUUUAUAUUGACUUGGUUAAUUAUAUCUACACCCUUGAUCUGACGAUUAUUGAACAAAACUAUAUGUCAUUAUGUAAAUUGUGCUAUUCUUCCGUGCCAGCUCUGGUGGGAAAGGGUGUCGAGGACUCGUGUAACGAAUACUCAUUAAGGAAACAAACCGAUUUAGAUGGAUUGGCAAACUUUACCGAUGUUGCCUCAGAUUCAUCAAAAGAACCCUACUUGAUAGAGGUCAAACACUACGAUAACACAUUCCCUCUCAGUUUACUCAAAGAACUGAACGAUCAGAGAGCAAAUGAACUUUUUACAGAUGUAAUUAUCCAAGUUGCGGGUGAAAACUUCCGUUGCCACCGUGUUAUUCUUUCAGCUUGCAGUACCUUCUUUCGCGCUAUGUUUUCUUCGAGCAUGAGGGAAUCAGGCGAUAAGAUCAUUCGUCUUCACCAAAUUGACUUGGAACAUUUCCGCAACAUUAUCGAGUUCACGUACACGGGUAAAUUACACAUUGGUCUACAUAACGCCCAGGAGCUCAUCACCCUCGCGAGCUUUCUUCACUACAUCCCAGUUAUCGACGUUUGCUCAGAGUUUUUCAAGAAGCACAUUGACAGAGAGAAUUGCAUUAGUUUUAUGAAUUUUGCUCAGUUUAUCGGUUGCUACCAAAUUUAUAACGAUACAUUGAGAUACGUCCAUAAACAUUUUCUUGAUGUUUUCGAAAGCCAAGAUUUCCUUGAAGUAAAUGCAUCGUCUCUUAUUCGUAUAAUUGAGGAUGACCAUCUUAAUAUCAAAGACGAAGAGGUUGUCUUUGAAGCAGCGACAAAGUGGUUUGAAGCCAACGAAAGUGAACGAAAUCGGUUUGGGGAAAUCCUUAGCAAAGUCCGACUACCUUUGUUAGACAGAAGAUAUUUUUCUACAUCUGUUGAACAGAAUCCCCUGUUUGUUGAUCAUGAGGAAUGCGUCAGGGUUAUCAAGGAUGCUAAAAUGCUCCGAGAUGCGCCUGAGAAGGUGAACAUUGACGACCGGCUUCGAUUGCGUUUCUCCAUGACAACAGAAGUCAUGAUAAUAAUCGGAGGGUUUGAUCGUGAUCAGCAGUGGACACACGACGUCUGGUGUUGUAAUCUUAUUGAUAACACAUGGGACAGCUUGUCACCGUUUCCAGGUCGAAACCAACGGUUCGCUUGCGUUGCAAUGGACAAUGAUGUCUAUGUCAUCGGUGGGCAGGUAGACUACCAUGCGAAUCUUUCAGAGACACUUGCUGAUGUGUGGAAGUAUGAAUCGUGUACUGAUACAUGGAAGCAGAUAGCUAGUCUGAAUAAACCUCGACAUAAUCACGGUGCCGCUGUUUUAAACGGAAAGAUAUAUGUAGUUGGUGGACGGAGUGGCUGGACUAGGAAGUCAAACGAUGUUGAGCGUUUCGACCCGGCGUUGAAUAUUUGGACAUACGUCAGUCGCAUCAAAGGUAGCUUCCUUGAACGACCAGUGGUUACAACUGUCCAGGGAAAGCUUUUCGUAAACGGCUACUUUUUCCGGGAUCCUGACAUCAUCCACUGCUAUGACUCCGAGGAUGAUACAUGGUCCGCUCUUUUUAACUUUGAACGUGUGCAUGGGGAAGGAAUCGAGACGGCCGUAGUCAUUAACGACUUGAUAUUCUACCUCGUAUCACGUGGUGAUGAAAAUGAAUUGAUUAUUUUCAAUCCGUUCACAUCAGAGCGGAUACGAGGAUCUCCGGUUCCUGACGGACGGUAUCUGUAUUCUUAUGGUACUACAGUGGUUAGAGGGAAACUCAUUGUGUCGGGAGGGAGCAAACUCGAGAGUGCUGUCAAUGUAUCUGAUAUUAAGUGUUACGACCCACAUCUGAAUAUUUGGAGUAUGGCGGGAUAUAUGCCACAACCCCUCACUGAGCAUGGCUGUGUCUGUAUCGAGAAAUACAUCCCAACGAAGUGAAUUUUGAAAGGCGUUUUAAGGAUGUGAAUUUGAUAGUAAAUGAUACAGUAGGCCUAUUUGGAUUUUGAACAAACUAUCACCUAUUUCGUCUGUUAAUGUCUAGAUGCUUUCUACUGUGUUUAUGUUUGCCUCAGCCUUUCGAAACAUUAUACAGUACACUUGUCGGAAUGUUACUUUUCAUGUGCCUAUCACCAAACAUUCAAACUAAAGUAAUAUGAAUUUUUUAAUUGACAAUAGUCAUUGUAAUAGCUUCAGUGCUGG